CCAGUGUUUGCAGUUUGUGUAAUUCGAGCCUUUGCUGGACUUCAAUGUCCACGAUUUCGUAAAGUAUUUCCCUUGCGUGAAUCUGGUAGGGCUAGCUACCAAAUGCGUUGAAAGUGGCGAAGUAGUUUCAAACAUGUUAACACGCGAGAAAUUCGAUACUUGAUGCUUGCUACAAUUGAAGGAAACUAUUGAAAUUGCAAGGGAAAGGGGUUGGGUGUCACCAGUAUUUAACCACAAUGGACAUAUCUGAGAUAAUCAGUGAUGUUCCUCUGUGGAACCUCGUGCAGCUGGCUCCUCCGCCAGAGAUAUUCCUGAACUACUCUGCUGAAGAGCUGUCUGCCAUCCGCCCGCUAUGUGCCGGCGUGUCUGUGGAGCUCGGCGAGCGGCUGGGCACGGACCUACAGGCGCUCACUAACGAGCUCCACCUGCUGCGCUCGGUGUCCUACCGCGUCGGCAACCAGUUCUCUAACUGCCGCGCCUUCCGCGUGGUCGGCGCCGUGUCGGGCUGCGGCCGGCGUCUGCGCCAGCUGGCCGACCCCGGCUGGCUGUCGGGCCGCGUGGCGGCGCUGGCGCGGCCCGCCGGCGGCUCCCUGCCCUCCCGCCAGAUGGCACAACACCUGCUGGUGACCUGUCAGCGCGCGGGCCGCCUGCUGAGCCGGCUGGCCGAGCUGGCCGAGCGCGCCGCGCGCCUCUGGCUGCAGUGGCUGCGGCUCGGCCACCAGGCGCAGCUGGCUGUGGCCUUUCUCGGCCUGCUGGGACGCGUCUGGACGCUCAGCGGCGCCGUCCGCGGCCGGCUCUGUCAGCUGUUCGCCGCUGUCCGGCCGCUAGAGGGACACCUGCUCGCCACGCCGGUCUCCUGGCCACACGAUCCCCUACCGGUCUGUCUCUGGGGCUGGCUCGGUCUGCCGGUUGGGGGUGGUGGCGCGGUGGUCGUGCCGGCCGGCCGGGGGUCGUCACGCGCUGCUCGGCGUCACGAUCCCAGUACACCGUUCGAGGAUCAGAGCCGGGAGAUAGUCGUGUCGCUACUGCCGGUCGAAACCGGCGGUUGUCUGCAGAGGACCUUCGCUGAGCCUGAUCCGAGUGAGGAAACUAAUACCUGCAGCAGCGAGGCAGUAGUCAGCAGCCCCCGCCCGACCAACGACACUACGCCGAUCGGGACUUUCGGAGAACGGGCAGCGAGCGGCGAGCCGGCGCAUCACGAGGACCUGGGCGAGCUGGUGGACUGCAGCGACAUCUACAACUCCCCGACGCUGGGGGACGGAGACGGAGAAGCGGCGCUGCCUGGCGAGGAGACACCGCCAUCUGGUGAUGGAACGGUAACAGAACCAGCUACCAUUUCUGACGGUGACAGGAAGCUGUACAGGAGGCUGGUCAAGGUGACGCGACGCUGGGGCUCGCCAGAAGAGGUGGCCGAGUUUGUUAGCGAGGAGACGGCGGCGCGGAAAGUGAAAAGGAAGAAGUGUGUCACGGCGAGACUAACCCAGACGCAGUGGAAGGCGGUGAAACGGGGCCUGCAGGAUCGCUGCGCGAACUGGAGUCAGAGUCAGACUGAGGGUGAUCUUGUCGGGGAGGAGAAAUGGGCGAAACGGGCGAAACUGUUUUUGAAAACGUGGUCCAUGUUUCCCGACUGCGAGGGGAAGAAACCAGCGGACUGGGCGGAGUUUUUGGAAGGGGUGAAAGAAAAACGGAUGCCUUGCUGAAGUUUAUGCGCUUUUGAUGAGCUGAAGAGCGUUACUGUUGUGAUCUGAUGUGCCUGUUAGUGUGCUGUUUGGGUCGGUCGUUCUGUGAGCUUUUCGGAGGAUGCAUCAGGGAUGUCUUGCCUGGUUAUGAGCUACAGCUCGUAGAAUUUAUGAUCAAGCAUCUCGCUGCCCGAAUUCGUUUUUAUACAUGUGAACGGCAACUCACAGCUGUCAAUGCAAGUUGAUUAAUGAAUAAACAAUGCGCAUUAUUU